GUCUUGUGACUUUUGUUCCAGAAAUAGAAAUAGCAGGGAAAACGGAUUUCAUUACAGGAACUAACCAUUUCAAAAAAGAGACCGUGAGAAAACACGGUGAUAGUCACAAGCAUAAAAAUGCUUGUGAUCAUGUUAUCUCCACAGACUACAGCGUUAGCACGUGCAGUUUCUCACGCAUGCGAACUCUGUGAUGAAAAAGAAUGGAAGGAUUUAAAAAUUAAGUUUAACGCAGCCUAUAUGAUCGCUACCAUGUGAGGAGCUACCAGUUACAAAAUUUACCUCUCAGGUGUUACCUUUGAAGAAAAAAGGAUUUGAUGUGAGCAAAAUGUAUGACGACACAGCGUGCGCUGAGUUUGUAGGAUGCAUUGCAGAUGAGCUAAAAGAACAUGCACUGACAAGACGCCCAUACAGCUAAUUACAUCUUCAUUAUCACUGACUGUGGCACAGACGUUUCUGGGAAAGACAAUGUGAUUGCAUACUGCAGGCACAUUUCUGCAGGUGUAGCAGUGAACCGGUUUAUUGGUUUAACUGAGCUUGAACACUACCCUGCACGUGGAGUAUUAGUUAAAAAUAAAAUGCUUGUUUAGUGAUGCUAAACAAACUCAUUAUGAUUGGUGGAAGAAGAAAAUUACAGCCUUUGGAGCAGAUGGGGCUGCCGUUAACAUGGGUGUCUCAGGUGGUGUAGGUGCUCUUUUAAGAGAAGAAAUAGGAGAGUACAUUGUAUGCCACAUAGACUGGAAUUAGCCAUGCUGGAUGUUUAGAAGUCUGUUCCAAUGAUUGAAAAAAUCUAUGACUUGCUACAGCUAGUAUGGAAAACAUACCAUUUUAGCCCCAAAAGCAAGCGCGAGUUGAAAGCCAUCGGUACGGAGUUAGGCUGUGCCAUACGAACACCUUCAUUUACCGGGCCCUUUCUAUUUUUUUUUGCAUCUGGUGUCACUACAGGCCAGGGUCAACAUACAGCUGUGUACCUCCACAUGCAACACCUUGCUGCCUCAUCCAAAAACACUGAAAUAAGAGGAAGAGCAAAGCACAUCUCACAACAAAUGGAAAAGUUGCCUUUUGUGGUGUUUUGUCACUUUCUCCAUGACCUGUUUGGAGAAAUCUUAUACUUCAGAAGAACUCCGUUGUUCUUUCUCAGGCUAUAGCAACUAUUGAUUCCUGUGUUUGUGCAAUCAAGGGAAUGAAGGACAAACCAGUGAGAAAUGAAAGGUUGGAGGAAUUUCUCAUUUACACAAACUUAAAUUCAGUUUCUCAGCAUGAUAAUGUGGUGGAGCAGGACAAAGCUCAAAGAGAAAAACAGACCAGAAGGCAGAAGAAAGCGGCCUCAUCUGACUACACGGGCAUUUCCUUUCACAACAUACCACUAAAAGGCUGUGAUCUCCCAGGUUUCAGUGAAGAACUAAACCACCUCAUUGACGAAACUGUAGACAUUACAGUUAAGGAACUUGAAAGGAGGUUUGAAAUGAUGAGGUGUCACUCUGCAGCAGAUCCGCACUCGUCUGUCACAGGACGGAUCUGUCCUGCCUUCACUCCCGCUCAACUCACUGAGCCGUAACAACGAGGCUGAUCUGCUCUUCCUGUCUGAGAUUCAAGUGUUGCAUGAUAUUUCUGCUCUGCACUUGGCUAAGGACCAGGCUCCUGAUCUCUUCUCCCUGGAGCUUGCCGAUAUGGAGGAACUCUCCCGGCGCUACGGCACAGAUUCCCCUCAGUUCAAGGACGCUCGUGAGAUUCUGGUUGCCGCACUGCAGAAGGCCAUUCGGCAGGAAUGCAGUGGUGGAGGUGGUGACGGUGAAGACGUUCGAGACGCCGCUGAGCAGGAAGACGCGCUCCAUCCUGGAGGCAAAGCAGAUGCUGCUCAUAGGAAGCCCCUACAAUCUGGCCUACAAGUACAACUUCGAAUACGCCGUAGUGUUUAACAUCGUGCUGUGGCUCAUGAUCCUGUUGGCUCUCACCGUCAUCGUCAUCUACUACAACCUAUGGAACAUGGACCCCGGCUACGACAGCAUCAUCUACAGGAUGACCAAUCAGAAGAUCCGCAUGGAUUAACCGUGCAUUCCGAAGCAUUGUUGCUGUUGUCUGCUGCGUGCAUGUGUGUGCGCGUGCGUGCGUGUGUGUGUGUGCAGAUCUCUCAAUUCCAUACAUUCUGAGUUUGUAUAUAGCUCAGAAAUGUUGCUUUGUGAAUAUGUUGCAAGGAUGAUGAAUAUUUAUUGAUGCUUGUUGUUUUGUCGGAAAAUCUAAACGAAUAUACAUGUAUAUAAACUGUGGGUGAACGAACAGGAACCUGUGUGUUUGAGUGUUGUGAUCACGUGUGGUGCUGUGUGUCAUGAUCCUGAUUGAGCUUCAUGUUGAAUCAUCUGUAUUUAUUGUUGUGUUGUUUUUUGUUUUAUUUUUAUUCCUGAUGCACUGGAUCCUAAUAUCUGGUACUGAUGUGUAAGGGUGGAGCGACGUACAAGUGCAUGCUGUAAAUCUCACAGAGGUGUUACGGUAAAAACACCAGACUGUUGAUAGGAUUUAAGUUGAUAUUAUAAUGUCUGUUAUCUGAGACACACUGAGUUGUGAGUGAGGAGUAAUUUAACAUUCUACAUAGUCUCUUCUAUCCUUUUGUGUGUUCACCUGAAACUCGUUUUCUGCCGUCCAUCGUACCAUUGAACGUUAGCUGAAAAGUGUUUAACUGAGAAAUGUGAAAGAGGACGUCGUCUCUGAGCAGUUCGCUUAUUACGUAAUAAAGUCUUCAGUCACAGUCA